CAUACUGAUAACCUUAUGCCUAACCUUAAAUGAAAACCAAAAAGCAACUUUUAGUUUUCAUCCAUUUUUACGAUAGACUAUUGUCUUUGUGGCUGUGGUAACUAGUGGAAACCGUGCCUGUUGUUCACACGCGUGUCUGCCCUCUCAUUAGCUAGAAUGGUUUCACCUGAUCUUGCCUCCUCCCGACUGCGUUAUAUAUAUAUAUUUGAAGACAUUUAUUUUAAUUGUUAGAGCGGCCACUAGAGUAUGUGGUUAAAGUAAUGGAUCAUCUGGCUCCAUCAUGAUAAACAGAGCCGUUAGAAGAACAGCAACAUACUAGAAACCAGUGGACAUGUGCAGGAUGCCAGCGGUGCGUUAUGGUGUGGAAGUGAAACGCCAAGGUAGGCGCCUACACUGGACAGGACAAAUCUUGCUGUUCCCCAAUGCUGACAUUAUAUCCCCAGUCUCUCUGAACAAACUUUAAUUCAGUCUGUAUUAUCUAUCUACCUAUGCCCCACUACUCAACCAACCAGCCUUAACCAAAUCUGCACCUCUGAAACCCAAGAUGUCUACUAGACAAAACACCCUAAUGGCUGCGGUGGUCACCCUGUUGGGGGUCACCUUCGGGGGUCUGGUGUUAUGGCGACAACGAACAACGAGGACACUGAAGAAGAAGAAGCAGCAGCUUCUGGCUCAGGGUCAGAUAGGGGUUAGCUCUGGUCCCUUACCAGUGGAUCAGCUGGGUCCUGUGGAACCAGAGCCUGUGGUUGUGGAGCCAGUCGAGUCCCAGACUCGGCUACCCCCGGGUCAGAGCCUGGGCCUCCUGCCUGUUUCACUGCCCCCUGCUGACCAGGUCCUGGCGGUGCAGCCUGUGACGGUGAGCUCUGAGGAGGAUUGGGAGCAGCUGUGGCCGUCACUGCAAAAGGAGCUAUCUGUCUACCCUGUCCUCGGGCUGGACUGCGAAUGGGUGUCAGAGAAGGGUAAGACGUCAGCGGUCUCCCUUCUCCAGAUGGCGUCCUACUCUGGCCUGUGUGUGUUGGUGAGGCUGCGGCUGUUCCGAGGUCGCCCGCAGGACCUUCCCCUCAGCUUGAAGGAGGUCCUCAGGGACCCUCAUGUCCUGAAGGUGGGCUUGGGUUGUUAUGAAGACGGGAAACGUCUGACCCGAGACUACGGCCUGGCUCUGGGGUGUACCGUGGAUCUGCGAUACCUCGCACUACGACAAAGGAAGGUAGUGUUGAACAAUGGAAUGAGCCUCAAGUCUCUAGCUGCCGACCUGCUCAAUGUGUCUCUGGAUAAAUCCUUGGAGCUGCGCUGCAGUAACUGGGAGGCUGACCAGCUAACCCUAGAACAGAUGACGUACGCAGCCCGGGAUGCCCAAGUGUCCAUCGCCCUCUUCUUCCAUCUGCUGAGCCUCCACUCUAACGCCACGCCCUCACCUGGCUGUGGGAGUGACUACACCCAGCUGGCCAAUCGCUGCCAGGGCCUGGUGGACACACCUUUCAGGGGGAGGGGCGGAGGAGAGGGGGAGGAUGGAGGGAGAAGCGAGAGGAGACGGAGGAGUAGGGCGCUCCAGCAGCCUACUGAAAGCCCCGAGUCUGGGGACCAGCAAGUACCAGACCCCAGAAGGAACAGCAGGAGAAAACCGCUCGGUGUGGGCUACUCUGCUAGGAAGUCCCCUCUCUAUGACAACUGCUUCCUCCAAGCUCCGGAUGGACAGCCCCUCUGUACCUGUGACAAGAAGAAGGCCAAGUGGUACCUGGAUAAAGGAAUAGGGGUGCUGCAGACUGAGGAUCCCUUCAUCGUGCGUCUGCUGUUUGAGCCGUCGGGACGUCCAGACUCCCAGCAGGACUACUAUCUGACUGCCAAAGAGAACCUGUGUGUGGUGUGUGGCAAGAACAACUCUUAUAUCCGGAAGAACAUCGUCCCUCACGAAUACAGACGUCACUUCCCCACGGAGAUGAAGGACCACAACUCCCAUGACAUCUUGCUGCUGUGCACUUCCUGUCACGCGGCCUCCAACGUGCACGACGGCUUCCUAAAGCAGCAGCUGGCUGAUGAGUACGCCGCGCCCCAGGGGUGUGAGGACGGGGUGCGUCUCCUGGAGGACUCUGACCGCAGGAGAGUUCGUUCUGCAGCCCGAGCCCUGCUCACCGUGGGGGAGAGGCUGCCAGGGGCCAGGCGAGAUGAGCUGCAGAAGGUCAUAAGGGAUUUCUUCAACGACACCGAUGUGGAGCUGACGCCCGAGACACUGCAGAGGGCUGCAGACCUGGAGACUAGGAUCUUCAACGAGAGCUACGUUCCCCACGGGCUGAAGGUGGUGAAGGCGCACGCUAAGCGGGGCCUGAAGGGAUUGAUGGAGCUGGAGGGCUGCUGGAGGCAGCAUUUCCUGUCUACCAUGACACCUCGCUACCUGCCUCCUCUCUGGUCCGUCAGCCACAACCACGACAAGUUCCUACGCAAGUACGGAGAGGACCUUCCCAUCCAGCUUAACUGACCUACAGUCGCCACACUGUCAGUCUUAGCCUGAAAGGUCUGUCUGGUCCCCAGGCUGGAUCUCCAUCAGCUGUUGCAGCAGCCUCUACCUGGGGUCCAUCCACACUGGGUCUACUCAGUAGCCCAGAGAGCAGACUGACUGACUGAUGCCUACAGGGGAGGGGUUGGAUUCUGGGUGUGUUCAGUCCUCCUCAGUCUACUGUUGGCUGGAUGAGGACGGUGACCCUGACCCUGACCCUACGGUGCCCUGACCCUGACCCUACGGUGCCCUGACCCUGA